AAUGUCUGUUAUUUUUGCCAGUCAUCAUUGGAACCACCUACCUCAUCAUCUGCCACCUGUCUCGGUUGCCGGGACAGUGUCUUCCUGUUGACCCCUGGUGACAAGGCCCUGGCCCUUACAGACACACUGCUCCUGUUCUGUAUCGACAUCUCAGCGUCCAUGAGUAUCACCUCCCAGGUGUUGGAAGGAAAACAGCCAAUCUACAGGUCACGUCUUCAGGUCAACCAUCUUUGAUUAUUUAAAUGGGCAUAAGUGGAUACAUUUGGGAGAUAUUGUGAUGAUCGUAGUAACUACCAGUAAAUGAAAUAUGCAGUGGCAGAUUCACAAUCAUUUGCUUUGCUAGAAUUGAUAAUGGUCUGUGGUUGUGUACAUGCUGGUAAUGAUAACACCAAUGCGGAUUUUAAACCAGUUUGUUCAGGAAGCAGUGUUACAGAGUGUUUGGAAGCUGAGUGAAACACAACCACACAUGCGAGUAGGACUCAUCACGUUCAACAAUCAGGUUCAAUAUUACACCCAUUUCACAUUGACAUGAUUGACUAUUUAUGCAUGUUGACAUCUAAUGAAAUGGUGUUUUCAUGCUCUUUAUAUAAAAAAAAAUUUUUUUGGGGGGGGGGUGACAUUUCAUAUUCCCUGAUUUGGAUUCAAUAUUUGGAUGCAUUUGUCCAAUAGUUGGGUGUAAAUCUGAAGUUGUUUUGAUCUGUAUCUUAAGAUCAUCCACUGAUGUUUGUCUUGACAGGUGACUCUGCAUGGAUAUGACGAGUUCACCUCACGUUUUUUGCGGGGUGCGGAGUUGAUUGACAGUGAAUACCUUAAGGAAGCAGCGUUCAGCUUCCCCAGCCCACAACCCCUCUCCAGGACCAGGGACUGUCUACAGAGAGAGAUUCUAGGAUUGUCUGAGAGUGGUGCCACGGCUUUAGGUCCUGCUUCUCUUGUAGCCAUAGCGAUGGCUUCUCGGCAACCAGGGUCAAAGGUGAUCAUCUGCACAGAUGGAAAGGCCAACACAGACCUGGGGAAUCUGGAGGUGGAGGGCAUUGAUGCUCGACCUUGCCUCUCCUCCACUAUCUUCUACCACGACCUGGGGGAGUACGCUGCUAGCCAGGGGGUGACGGUAUCAGUGUUGGCUAUCGAGGGGACAGACUGCAGACUUGAUGAGCUGGGGAGACUAGCAGACCGCACAAGCGGAAAGGUGGUAGUAGCAAGUCCACAUGAACUAUACACUGAAUUUGAGGAGAUUAUUGAGAACAGGACGAUAGCGACACACUGUAGUGUCACUUUGCUGCUCCCCACAACACUGUGUGUGAAAGGAGAGAGGGAGGCUGGGAACAGGGUGACCAGAGAGGUGGGCAAUGUGGCAUCAGACACAGAAAUCACCUUUCAAUUUGGAGCGAGGGAACACGGCUCACAGGGAGAGGUGUCAGCCCCAGUGGCAGGUGGCCGUGUGUCUGUUCAGCUGCAGCUGAGAUACAGACAGAAGGAUGGACACAGUAUGCUCAGAGUGCUGACGGCUGAUAAAGAGGUGACGGAUGACAGCUCAGUGGUCCUCUCCUCUCUGUUUCUAGCUAUCAUUCAGCUCAACUCAUCCCAGGCCAGCGCCGCUCUAGCUGUCAGGGGCCGCUUCCAAGACGCAAAGAGUGAGGGGGAGACACAGAGGGAACUGAUGGAGAGAGCCCUAGAGUAUGAUAGAAGUGCAGAAGACAAACUGAUUUAUUCAAAAUGGCUUAAAACCAUGGACCCUAUACACAACAGCCUACAAAACUACACAAGGAGACAAUCCAUACAUUCUGAUACACUGCAGUAUCUAACAGACAUGGGUGCUGCACUGCUGUACAGCAUGAAGAACAGCAACAGGUCUAUUUCACUGAAGGAAAAGCACCAACACUGAUUGGUGGCUACUGACUAUGCCUGAUAUCCUUGGAAGUUAUUCAAGUCCUACCGACUUCUGGGGAGGCCUAUUUAUACACAAAUCUGACUAAUUAAUGUAUCUAACAAAAAAUUCUACAUCUGGAAAUAUAUUAUUUAAAAUAGCAUUAACUGUCAAUAUUGUACUUGUUCAUUGUAUUUGUAAAUAGAAUGUUCUUAUCUAUGCACACUAUCAGAACGUCAUGUCAGAACUGCGAUGGCACAUAGCAAGUGAAAUGGGUUUGUACCUGCAGUGCCUUCAGAAUGUAGUCAUACCCCUUGACUUAUUCCACAAUUUGUAGUGUUACAGGCUGCACUCAAAAUGUAUUCAUCUACACACAAUACCCCAUAAUGACAAACUGAAAACAUGUUCUUAGAAAAUGUUGCAGAUGUCUUGAAAUUGAAAUAAAUAAAUAUCUAAUUUGCAUAAGUA